AUGGAUUGCACGACAGAAGAGAUCGCAAAGCACGACGAUGCAAGUUCUUGCUGGAUAAUCAUUAAGAAUGAAGUUUACGAUGUAACUGAAUUCCUGUCGAUACACCCUGGAGGCCCUAGUAUCAUUCUGAAAUACGCUGGAGGUGACGCAACUUCUGCAUAUGACCCAAUACACCCACCAGAUACGAUCCAAAAGAAUCUUUCACCCUCUCAGUGCCUUGGGCCGCUGAUCACGACUACAAAUACUACUGAUAGAAAGGAUCGCGUCCCCGUAGAACGAACACAAGAUGAGAUGAGGGUUGAACGAGAAAUGAAACGAAGACCACCCUUGAACCGCGUACUGAACUUGGCUAAUAUCGAGGAUAUCGCAAAAAGAGUGCUUCCGUAUCCUGUUCAAGCUUUCUAUUCAGCAGGGACUGACGACGAAUUUUCACUUCGAGAGAAUGCCAGGGCGUUUGAUAGGUUUUUCUUUCAUGCCCGGGUGAUGCGACCAGUCUCAAGUUGCGAUCCCUCUACAAAGAUAUUGGGAUACGAUUCUUCUCUCCCUGUGUUCGUUUCGGGGGCUGCUCAGGCGAUUCUUGGUCACCCAGAAGGUGAACUCAACAUAACACGAGCGUGCGGAAACGCCAGCAUCAUUCAAAUGGUCUGCACUUUCGCUUCUAUCCCUCGAGCACAGAUAACUGCCGCAAUGCUUCCCUCCCAAACCCUCUUUUUCCAACUUUACAAAAUGACCGACACGGCUGCAACUGCCAAGGUAGUACGAGAAGCUGAGGAAUUGGGGUAUAAAGCGAUUUUUCUCACUGUGGAUGCGGUGGUCGUUGGUAAUCGAGAGAAGGAUGUAAGGAGCCUGUGGGUCAUGGAGGAACAGGAAGGAAAAACUCAAUAUUACGUUGAAGGAGAUCCAGAAGCAACGACAAAUCUUUCCGGGUCCAGUGCUGUUAAUCGCAGGAAUGUGUUCGACCCAGACCUGAGCUGGAAGGAGACUAUACCCUGGCUACGUAGCAUUACCAAACUCCCUAUUGUCUUGAAAGGCUCGUUUCUAAAUGAUGCAGUCUUAGCUGCUGAGGCAGGAGUUGAAGGUAUCCUGCUGUCAAAUCACGGAGUCCGCAAUGUAUUCCAUAGCUCCCUGCCUCCCCUCGAGGUUUUGUACAGAAUUCGUCAGCAGCGACCUGACGUCUUUGAUAAACUCGAAGGUGGGAUACGACGAGGAACAGAUGUGAUCAAGGCUAUUUGCUUAGGAGCAACAGCUGUCGGACUGGGACGACCAUUCCUCUACGCUCUAAGUGCAUACGGUGAAGCCGGUGUAAUCAAACAGCUAGACAUUCUCCGCCGCGAAAUCACAAUAUCUAUGCGACUUCUGGGGGCUGCUAGCAUUCGCGAUUUGACUCCGGAGGUGGUGGAACGGGUGGAUUGGGAACCCGUUCGAAGACGAAUUGGCAAGCUAUAA